GUGGGACUGUCACCUCGUUUCUGCAGGUUGUCACUCGUUUGUCACUCUUUUCCUGCCGGUACAAGUAUGAUUUCGCGUUUGUUUGCAGCGACCGCUUGGGCGGUAGCAUCAGUGCUCCCGGUUGUUUCUGGGAAUCCUACCGAUCUUUACAACAUCUUCCCCCGGCAAAAUUAUGACCUCUCAACCCUGAGGCCCAAGCUCUCAGCAAAUGCUCAGAUUUAUCUUCCUGGCACUCCUGAGUUCACCAAUUUGACCGUGCGUUGGUCGAAUCUGGAGACUCCUAAUCCUAACAUUGUCAUUGUUCCCGCGACGGAGAGGGAUGUUUCUGAGAUUGUCAAGUUCGCAUGGACGAAGGAUAUCCCUAUCCUCGGAUACAACGGCCACCAUGGAGCCAUCACUACGCUCGGUAGAAUGGACUCCGGCAUUGAAAUCUACCUUCCCCUGCUGAACUCAAUCUCCAUUGCGAAGGACGGAAAGACGGUCACUGUUGGUGGAGGGACAAACUCCAAGAAGCUAGUGGAUGCUCUCUGGGCAGCUGGUAAACAGACCGUCACUGGAACCUGCGAAUGCGUCAGCUAUCUCGGUCCUGCUCUCGGAGGUGGUCACGGCUGGCUUCAAGGCUAUCAUGGCCUGAUCUCCGACCAGUGGGUGUCCAUGAACGUCGUCCUGGCGGAUGGCACCUUGAAAACUAUUACCCCCCAAUCCGACCUGUGGUGGGCGAUGGGAGGCGCAGGGCACAACUUCGGCAUUGUUACCUCCGUCACUGCGAAGAUCUACCCGCUGGUGCGCCCGAACUGGGCGAUCGAGACCAUCGUCUUCAGCGGUGACAAGGUUGAAGCCGUCUACGCUGCUGCCAACAAGUACAUUCUUCAGGGUGGCAAUCAGAGCGCGGAUAUCAUUAACUGGUCGUACUGGCUCAACGAUGCUUCUCUCGAUCCUGAGAAGCCCGUCAUCGUCAUGUACAUCCUCCAAGAGGGUGUAAACACUGUUGAUCCCAAGUACACCAAGCCGUUCCACGACAUUGGUCCUCUCGCCGUUAGUCCCAAGUCCGGCACCUAUAGGGAUCUCGCUGCCUGGACUGGCAUUGCUCUCGACUCCCCUCCUUGCCAGGACUUCGGCUUCAACAACCCUCGCUUCCCCAUCUACACCAAGAGCUACAACGUCACGGCCCAGAAGAAAGCAUACGAGCUUUACAAGACGGCCGUCUCCGGUGCAUCCAAUCCCUACUACAAUUCCAUCUUCAUGUUCGAGGACUACGGCACCAAGGGCGUUCGCUCCAUUGACACCAAGGCCACCGCCUUCGGCUUCCGUCAGGAUCUCAUCCUUUCCGCCCCGCUCAUCAUCUACGCUGGCGAGGGUCCUGAGCGCGAUGCUGCUGUGAAGCAACUCGGCAAUCAGCUUCGCGAGAUCCUCAGGGAGGGCACUGGCAGCCCGGAACUCCAUGCGUAUGUCAAUUAUGCUUAUGGUAAUGAGGGCCCGAAGAGCUGGUAUGGUUACGAGACUUGGCGCCAGGACCGACUGAGGGCUCUGAAGCAGAAGUAUGACCCGAAGGGCAAGUUCAGCUUCUAUGGACAGAUCGUUUGAUUGUGGAUGCGUCGAGGAUGAAUGAUCCAAGGCAACACCAUCCGGGCAAAUAAUUCAAUUGAAAAUAGUCAUUUGUUAAAUUGGAAUUUUAGUUUGAC